AGGGUUCAAAAACAAACGCCAAAAGACGUUUUCAAAAGAUUUCAAUCCCCCACAAAAUUUUACUCCUCGCGCCCCCUCUUUUCUCCCCCAAAUCAAAUCCACAAUAUCUAGAAAACCCCAUAAAAUCUUGACACAAAUCCAAUCUGUGUCUCCAAUUCUCCAUCUUUGUCCAAAUUGCACCGUAUCAGCUUUUAGCGUGCGAUUGACGCCGAGUUCUCCAAACCCCACAUUCCAUAUGAAGAAGGGAGCUAAGCGAAAGGCUGCUGCGGCCAGCCGUAAGGACGAAGCAGCAGCCGCCGCCACCACAACCAUAGAAGAACCGCAGCAGCAAAAUAAUAAGGAACCCACCAAAAUUGUUCGACCAACAAAACGUUCAAAAGUUCCGAAGCCUGAAUCAGAACAAGAGUUCUUCGAGGAACAGCGUGAAUUGGAGGAUUUAUGGAAGCAGGUUUUCCCUGUUGGGACAGAGUGGGACCAGCUUGACUUGCUUUCUGAAUACAAAUGGAAUUUCUCAAAUCUUGAAGAUGCAUUUGAUGAAGGUGGUGUAUUACAUGGGAAGAAAGUCUACCUUUUUAGCUGUACAGAGCCACAAUUGCUCUUUUUUGGUGGUCAAUCUAAAGUAACCUGCAUACCUGUAGUGGUGGCUAUUGUAUCUCCAUUUCCACCUUCUGAUAAGAUUGGAAUUAAUUCUGUACAAAGAGAGUCUGAAGAAAUUCUUGACAUGAAACAGAUGAAAAUGGACUGGGUUCCAUAUAUUCCAUUGGGAAAACGAGGUUCUUCAGUUGAAAGGCUUAAAUCUCAAAUCUAUAUUCUAAGCUGUGUACAAAGACGGGCUGGCUUAACACAAUUGAAAGAGGAACGUGUCAAGAAAUUUGAAUACUGUUUACCAUACUUUUAUCAUCCUUUUAAGGAAGAUGAGACUGAACAGAGCACUAUUGUGGAUAUCAUGUAUCCCAUAGAACCAAAGCCUGUUGUCUGUGAGUUUGAUUGGGAGCUGGAUGAACUUGAGGAAUUCACUGAUGACCUCAUUAAAGCAGAGGAGCUGUCUGAAGAUCAGAAGGAUGCCUUUAAGGAAUUUGUGAAGGAAAAGGUUCGAGAAGGAAAGAGAGCUAAUCGUGAGGCAAGGGAAAAGAGGAAGAAUGCUCGAGAGUCACUGAGUAAAGAGAAAGUUGAGGCAUAUGAGAAGAUGAAAUUUUAUAAAUUUUAUCCUGUAGCCACACCUGACACCCCUGAUGUCUCACAAGUCAAGUCUCCAUUCAUAAAUAGGUAUUAUGGAAAGGCACAUCAAGUACUUUGACCAGAAUACCCUUGAGGCCAAGACAGAUGCCCACCCUAUUAUCCCCCCUACCCCUACUCUUCAGGAAGCUGCCUAAGAAACUGGUCUUCUUUGUCCAAGGAAAAGACACAUAAGAGAUUUCUUUGUGGUAGGGUGAUAUAUAGAGCAAAAGGGGUUGUUAUGUGUAUCAUUUAUAUACUUGUAGGAAUUUUGUUCUUGUUGAAAUUUAUUGAACAUGGUUGUUAAAUCACAACCUUAAGAGGAUUGGUCCUUCACCUUCACCUUCACCUUUUUCUUAUUGGAAUUAGAUGCAUUUGAUAACUUUUA